UUGAAUAAAGUGCAAAAAAAUUAGCAAGAAAAAAACUAGUAAUAAAAUAAUAAAAAAAAAAAUAAAGAAAGAAAUAAUUUUGCUUUCUUUUUGUUUUUGGUUUAAAACAAUGUACUAAAUGUGGAUUAUUUUUUAAAACAAAGAACCCAAAGUGAAUUAAAUAUACAAACAUACAUCUAAAUAAAAAUAUAAUUUAUAAAAUUUAUAAAAAGUUAUAUAAUAAUACCUUAAAUUUAAAAAAAAGGUACCUAUAUACGCUUAAAAUCAGAAAAACCUGUUUUAAAACUCAAUUUUUAUAAACUCAACUCAACUUAAAAAAAAAAAAAAUUGUGAGCAAAAAUGAAUUUAACAAAUAAAAUUUUGACUUCUUUAUUUGUUUUUAUAACAAUUAAUUUUAAAAUAAUAAUUGCCGGUCGGUUAUUAGUGAUAUUUUCUAUACCAUUUCCUGAUAAUCAAAUAACAUUUAGACCAUUAAUUGAAAAUUUAUUAGAUAAAGGACAUUCUAUUACAUUAGUAACAACAAAUCCAGAAGUAUUUCUAAAUAAUAAAACCGAUGUAUCAGCAUCAUAUUUUGAAAAUAAUAAUAAUAAUAAUUUAGAAAUAAUUGAUUUAAGUUUUACACAUAAUUUAGAAAUAUUAAAUCAAUUAAAAACAUCACAUCAACAAAAUGAUUUAAAUGGUAGUGAUAUGAUACGUGAUGCAUUUCAAAUUUUAAGAAUAAUUGCUGAAAAACAAUUAAAAUCAUUAGAAGUUGAACAAUUUAUUGGUAAUAAUACAAUAAUAAAGCAAACAACAAGAACAUCAAAUUUAAAUAAUUUAAAUAAUAAUAAUAAUAUAAAAUAUGAUGCUGUAUUAAUUGAUUGGUCUGGUGCAUCAUUAAUGAAUGGUUUUGCAUAUAAAUUUAAUGCACCAUUAAUAGGUAUAACACCAGCUGGUGCAUAUAUGACAUUACAUGAAGCUAUGGGUAAUCCAAAUCACCCAGUAUUAUAUCCAAGUGUAUUUAUGCCAUUUAGUGAAAAUUUAAGUUUAUAUCAAAGAAUUGUUAGUACAUUAUUUUCUUAUAAAUAUAGAAAUAUUUAUUUUUAUGAAGAAUUACCAGUACAAAAUCAAAUUGCAAAAGAAGUUUUUGGUUCAGAGAUACCAGAUUUAUGGGAAUUACAAGUAAAUGCUGAUUUACUUUUAAUAAAUAGUUAUCAAUUAUUAAGUAAUAUAAGACCAGUUGGUCCAACAACAAUUUAUUUAGGUGGUAUACAUGCACAAAAUUCAAAACAAAAAAUUUCUAAUGAAUUGGAAGAAUUCAUUUUAAAAUCAGAUAAUGAUAUUGCCUAUAUAAAUUUAGGUGAACCAAUUACAAUGGUAUUUUUAAAUACAAAUCGUAUACAAAAAUUAUUGAGUACAUUAGAAAUAUCACAUUUUAAUGUUAUAUGGAAUUUAAAUGGACAUUUAGUUACAAAUUUUAAUUCAACUGAAAAUAUUUAUAUGGAUGGAUUUAUGUCACAAGAGGAUGUUUUGGCAUAUCCUAAAGUGAAAUUAUUUAUAACAAUUGGUGGACAACGUGAUAUCGAAGAUGCUAUACAUCAUCAAGUUCCUUGCUUAGGAUUAACAUUUUCUAGUACAAUAGAUCAUUAUUUAUUACAAAUUGAAAAACAUGGAGCAGGUUCAAUAUCAUAUUUUGAUCAAGAUACAACUACAGAAUUAUUAGCUAAAAUUGAAGAAUUUGCGAUAAAAGACAGAUUUUCAAGCAAUAUAAAAAAACUACAUAAUUUAAUCAACGAUCAACCAUUAAGUUCUGUUGAACGUGCUGUUUGGUAUAUUGAAUAUGUAAUGAGAAAUGGUGGAACAAAAUAUCAAAAAACAACUUGGCGAAAUAUUUCAUGGUUUAAUUUUCUACUAAUUUAUGUUGUCUUAGCUAUUAUCGUAACCAUAAUAACAUUUGUUGGUGUAUUAGUUAAAGUAUUUAUCGAAUGUCGUAAAUAUUCAAAAAGUUUACCAGUUGAAAAAAUUACAAAACGCACAUUAUUAGCUAAAGAAAAAUUGUAUUAGGGUAAAAAUUAUGAAAAAAAAAACAAAAUGUGAAAUUUUAUUAAUUUAAGUAAAUUUUAAUUAAAUUAUUAAAAUUUAUUUGUACUGAAACACUCUGAUAUCUCGCAACAUAAUGAUUAUGUAGCAUAAUAUGAGUUCAUAAAAAUUACAAUAUGAUUUUAGAUAAAUUCUACGGAAAAAUAACGCAUUGAAAUGAAAAAUUUAUGUAUUUUACUAAAUUUUUAUACUUUUGUAUUGUUUCAGUUGUUUAAAAAUAAAUUAAUUCGUAAAUAAUAAUGUUUCUAUAAAAAGAUUUAGUGUUACACUGAAAAAAUACAAAUUUGUGCUUUUGAUCCAUGUUUUAUGGAAACAUAAACUGCAUUUGAAUCUUUUUUACAAGCUAAAACAAAGUAUGCAAUUACCAUUUUGCGUAAAAAUUUAGACCAAAUGCAGUUAUACCGUAAAAAUAUAAGAUAUGUAAGAUAAAAAUACAAUUUAAUAUUAAAGUAUAAAUUAAAUUGAAAAUUAUUUUGUAAUAUUGUAAGUUUUAGAAUUACAAAAAAUGCUGCCAUUGUUUGUGUUUUUUUUUUUGUUUGUUUUGGAAAUAAAUUUGUGGCAAUAUUGAAUUUUCGUUGCCUUUUGUGAAAAUCUUGAAUGUUGUUAAGUGGCAGUUUACUUUUUAUGAAAAUAAAUAAAUAUUUUUAUUGUAAUACACGUGCAUAAUCAAUAAAAUUUUUACAUAAAAAUAUUUUUGAUAUGACGUCGUAUAUGUAUAAAACUAUAAUAGAAACAAUGUACAUACAUAAAUUAUGAAAAAAAAACUAAUUUUUUUAAGAUAUGAAUUAAAACGGGCUGUUUCUAGAAUAAGUUUUUGAAAUCAAAAAAUUCUAUAACUAAAUAUAUAUGAAAAAUGUAGUUAUUUAAUAAUAUUAAAUAAGAAAAUGUGAUAAUGUGCCAAUUUUAAAAACAUACUUCUAAGUGUAAUUUUACAAGAUUU